CCUGUUUUCGCUGAGUCCGAGCCAUCGUUUCGCGUGGGCCGCCUCGUAUAAGCGUGAUUUGCGUCGUGUAUGUCUUCGAUUGUGCCUUCAUUGAAGUGAAACUUAGUGCGAGCUGCUGAAAAGCGAACCUGUAUUGAACGUGUGACGGUAUUAAAAGUUGAACUCUGUGUGGAUCUGCGAUCGUCCAGGCGAAAUGUCCAGCGAACCGAAAAGCCUUAGUUCUAAGUCUAAGGAUUCUGGUCUUGGUAUGUGCAACUGCGAUAAGGAGUACCGCACUACCCGCGUCUUGAGCUGUCCCGACGGCAGCCAGAGAACUUGCAAAGUGUGUCUCAAGUGUGGUGCUAGUAGCAGUAGUGCCGUCACUAGCGCUGUCACUAGUGUUACGAGUGACGCUCCAAGUCAACUACAGUCGCACGAAGAUCAUCAAAGCGAGAAGGUUUCUAGACAGGAAACUUCAAGGGACGACGGCAUUGCUUCUCCCUGCCGUGAGGAAGUCGUGUAUGACUACCAAGGUGCCAGUAGGUUAGGUUGUAACAUGGCCAACAAUAUUGUCAUCGAGUGCCAGAACAACUCGCCGAACCUUCUGAACCCUGCUUUCCUGGCGCAGUCAGACUCAUCAGUUGUUGGACAUUCCAGUCAGCCUUAUGGAUUCCAUGAAUGGUUAGACUGCGCGGUAGCGUCCCCUAAUUCAGGAUUUCUAAGUGUCAGUAGGACUCAGAUUGUUGAAGAAAGCGAGGUGGUUGAUCUGAGUGUUGCUUCCAACAUCGAAGUUGUCGAGCUGAGCGACGAUCAGGAGGUAGAAGAGGAGUGCGUGGCAUCCUCCGGUUCAGAUUCAACCAGUAAGCCAAAAGAUGAAGUUUCACCGAUAGUUGCAAGUCUUCCCGUUGAAAACAGUGUACGUAGUCACUUAAGGUGCUCGAAUGAUUCUUCUCCAAGAAGUAACGUGCAGACGCCAGAAUCUUCAGUGGCCUCAAGCGGCUACGGUACAGUGAGGUCCGGGUCGGCGGGCAACAGCGUCAGCGACUCUCCAGUCUCAUCUGAAAUAAGAACCGCGCACACAGAAUGCGCAAUUCAACAAGACGUACAGUCACCGAUGUGUUUUCCUGUAAUGACUCAAACAGUUCAGUUGCCAGCUGCCAUCACUCCCCAAAAAUAUAUCAUGAAUAUGCAUGUACAGUCACCAAUCUAUUUACCAGGAAUGGUUGUUAACCCAUUCAGUUAUUCGCCAGAUGAGCAAGCUACUCGUGCAGAUGCCAGCAUUUCCUCUACAAGAUACCUUCCACCCCGCAGUAGUAGCCCUCUAGAAAUGGUAUACUCAUCGCUACCUCAACCUGCGGGUAUCAAUAAUCAGGUCCAAGAAGUGAUUGAUUUGACCCAAUUUCCUGCUCGCACCGUUGCGCGAGAUUCAAACGAGAUAGAGGUUGUUACCUGCAACACUCGGCCACAAGUUCCUCAACUUAUUGCUGGUCCUCCAGCGAAAGUCCGUAGUCCAUACACUAACAAAUUUUCGGACAUUAGCUCUGCUGAUGAUGGACGCUUUAGUGAUAUCAACUCUCCGCAGAAAAUGAUGACGCCAGUGAAAAGCAGAGCUCUCCCUAUUUCCCCUUUGGCAAUAUCCUCCUCUUCCACGGUAGCGAGUGCAAAGCUUGUUCCCAGCACCUCUCGGCUACAAGUUCCAGAAGUGAUAGCUGAUUCCCCAGCAAAAGUCAACAGUCCGUACAUUAACAAAUUUUCGGACAUUAGCUCUGCUGACGACUUCGGACGCUAUAGCGAUAUCAACUCUCCGCAGAAAAUGACGACACCUAUGAAAAGUAGGGCUCUUCCUUCCUCUCCUUUGGUGAAAUCCUCCACUGCCGCGAUAGGAUUAGACGAAAAUGCGAUGAAUUCGAGUACUGAGACUGUGAUAUUUCCUUCCACUCUCUUAUUGCGCCGAAAUUCUAUUACCCGUUCUCCUGCGACGCCUUUGACUUCUCCGUCGUUCGGAUCUGAUACACUUUCUGCUUCAUCAAGUAUCAUCCUAAGUCCCUCUGGCACACCACCAUCUUGCAACAGAAAACGCCUAACUCCUUACUGUUGCAGUAAACAUUCUUAUAACAGAACUCAGGCUAAACCUGCAGGACCUCGUACUGCAGCUAGACCUGUCGUCGGCCCAACUCCCGGCCAAGUUAAUCCACAAUCCAUAAACUCUGUCAACCACUCUGCCCUUUCAAUCCCCGAUCGUUCAAAUGACCGCCGCCCAACGCAUUUGAAUAUGUCUCCAGAAGGACAAGAGGAGCCAGCCUGGAACUACAAAAGUGGACUGGAAAUUAAGGUCGUCGAAUGUUUGGACGAAACCAAGAGGAAGUCAGAAAUAACGCCUCCAAAAUACCCCGAGAGACUGACUGGAAAAAUAGUUCACCCGUCGCUGUCCGUCACUCCAGACCACAGCAAAAUGAGCGCUGACUACGUGGAUGUAACUCACUUCAAGGCACUCAAGCAGCUCGGCAGUGGUGCAUACGGCACGGUGUUCCUGGUGAGGAAGAUGACUGGUGCUGACGUAGGCAAGACCUACGCCAUGAAGGUGGUGAGGAAGUGCGUCCUGCUGCAGCGGACCAAGGCCGUGGAGCACGCCUACACAGAGCUGCAGGUCCUCCGUCUGCUGCAGGACGAUCCUUCCUUCGCUCAACUCAAAUAUGCUUUCCAGGACGAACUUUUCCUCUAUCUUGUGAUGGACUUCAUCCAAGGGGGCGAAUUAUUUUUCCAUUUUAAUCGCGGAGGACAAAUGAGCGAAGACCACACGCGCUUCUACGUGGGGGAGAUGGUCCUGGCCGUCGAGAAGCUGCACGCCGAUUUGAAUAAUGACGGAAACGCCAAGCUUGCUCGACGCAUCCUGUCUCUGGAGGUGCAGAUGCCUCCUUCGCUGUCCCCGAAGGCUGCAGACUUCAUCUCCAGGCUCAUCGCGCGGGACCAGACCCAGCGGCUGGGCUAUAACAAUGGGGCCGCAGAACUGAAGAACCAUCCCUUCUUUGAGGGCAUGGAUUGGGCUGCCCUAAGCGCCCGCCGCGUGAGGCCGCCCUUUGUGCCGGUCCUCUACAGGGACGACGACGUGGCUAAUUUUCAUCGUAACUUCACGUGUAAGGACCUCGUCAUGACCACGCUCGAGAUGGACGGACUCCGACACAUCUGGUUCAAAAACUACCAGCACUCACCAGCGGGUGUCGCCCUGGAGGCCGUCGUGCUGCACGCGACCACGAGACGCGCCGCGCCCUGCGUGCGAGACCUCAGCGUCGUCGCUGCUGCUGGCAUAUCGGCGUUCUUCCAGAAGUACGCAAUUGACUUCAACGAGCCCGCCAUAGGCCAAGGUUCAAGCGGCCUGGUGCUGCGCUGUACCAGCACGCGUACCAGCACGCGUACCAGCCAAACUUACGCCGUCAAGGUGGUACCUCGGGCUCUCGAUUGCUCCAUGGAGGUCCAAAUGCUGACAUCAGCUCAGGGGCAUCACUCAAUAAUCAAGUUCAUCGACUUUAUUCAAGAUAUGGCGUUUUCCUACAUCGUCACGGAGCUGGUGGCUGGUGAAGACCUGCGCUCGUACCUUCACCGUAACGCCGAAACAACUGAGAUGAAAAUACGCGACGUAUUCGAAAAAAUCUGCGUCGCGGUCGAUCACCUCCACACACUCAACAUUGCUCACCGAGACCUCAAGCCUGAGAACGUGAUGCUGGAUCCGCUGAAUGGGUCUGUUAAAAUAAUAGAUUUCGGGUUCGCGUGCAAGCACUUCCCCGACGCAGACUCAGCGGGCCCUGGCGCAGAGUCUGCGGUCCGCGCGCCGGCUAACUUUACCCUCAGCUUCGCGGCUCCCGAAUUAAUAAAAGAUUAUCUGGAGGAGCGUAAGAAGGAUGCCGGUGAAGGAUACUCGGACGUGUACAGCGGCAAGAGGAAGCGUAAUGUGGCCGCCUUGCUGCCGUCCAAGAGAAGUCGCCCGCAGGCUGCACUAGCGGACCCGCGGGCUUGUGACAUGUGGAGUCUGGGCGUCAUGUUGUACCUGAUGGUGUCGAGCAAGCACCCCUUCGAAGGCACCGCCAGUCCCCUCGCCAAAAUAUUGGCUGGGGACUUCAGAUUCGACGAGGAGGCCUGGGAAAACGUAAACUCGUCCGUUCGAAGCCUCGUGCAGGAACUCCUGGCGGUUGAUCCUGCAGAUCGUCCUUUCACGAAAGACGUCCUCGAGCAUCCGUGGAUGCAGUUCGAUGAAUUCGUCAACCCUCUCGCCAUGGAGCUCCCUAGCUUGCGACGGCCCACCCUCCCAAACACCCAAAAUUUGGUCGAUGACCUCGCCGUAGCCCAAGAGAGAUGUAGAUUUUCGGCGGCUCGGUAUUUGUCAUCAACGCGGGUGAGGCGGGUGAACACCCUGAGUUCAACUUACCUGAUGAAAGAAAUCGCCGGCGCUUCUUCCCGAACUUUCGUUGCGCCGUUCAACGGCCUACCUCCUGUUGCUCCGACUUAUUUCAACAGCCAAAGUCUGGCCAGAUUCCAUGGACGGGCCAGCAUGGAAGAUAUUAACACGUCUUCUUUCGUCGGCCGGGUCCCGCAACUGCCUAAAUCCGCGCCUUCGUCUACGGUUCCAUCCCGUAACAACAGCAACGCAGCAAACGACGAUGAAAUUUAUGCUGCACUGGCGUCCCAAAUACGAGGAGCGAAAUUCGUUCAGGGAUUUGAACUAAAUGGCAAGAAGUUCCUUCCUCGAAGCCCUAAACAGCGCCUGGAUUUUAGUGGCUUUUUGGCUGACAAUGAGUCGGAGCCUCGUGAACCCAAGAUCAUAAAGCGGCAAUUAUUUGCAGCUGAGAUUAGUUUCUCUGGUGCCAGUGGAGCUCUUCCCUCGAACGAGUUCUCGAGCGGUUACCAUUCCGCUUCACGAAAUACCGGAUACAAACAUUCAGCUGCGGACCAAAGUGCCCGCUACCCUUUGGCUCCAAGAUACACAGUCUUUGAGCCCAUUUUGACCAGGUCACGGAAGAGGUUAUUAGAUGGCGGGUCUCCUCCAGAAAUAUUAGCUCCCGCCGUGAGGAGAUAUAAAAGGCGCAGGCGAAAUCAAAAUUCCAAAGACCGAUGAUCAGAUCGUUUUUAGGCAUCUAAUACUUAGAAUUAGAACUCUCCGAGGUGCGAGUGCAUCUGUUCUACUUAUGGUUUUAAAUUAGAUUUCAUUUUAGCCUUUCAUUAAAUGCAAUUUUACCCUGAUAUGAAAUCCUAGCCCUUAAAAAGACCAUUAAUUUUAAUCUUUGUGAUAUUUUAUUUACUUAACAAUGCGUAUGGAUGCAACGAGCAAAUGACUGUCUGAGACCCUC